AUGCUUAUAAUGAAAUCGUAUUUCGUUGUUUAUCGUAAUCGAAAAAUCUUUACCGAAAUGAUUGAUGAUCUGGAUGAAGUCAUACCAAAGGCACAGCAUGUUCAAGAGAAAUUCAAUAUUGAGGCUUAUUAUAAAAAGAUACGAGUUGUGUCAAUCGCGAGCAGCCUUACAUAUUCAAGCUUACUUAUUGUCUUUAACAUUAUGCCAAUUUUGGAAAAAUUUACAGGAUUCAUUCUUGGAACUAACGUCAAAUGGGAAUUACCUUUCAAAUUCUAUUUUCCAUUUGAUGCCACGCAGGAUUACGUUUAUCCGAUAAUGUACAUUUACGAGACAUGGCUUUGCGGUAAAUGUGCUGUUGAAGUUUUAGGCUCGGAUUUACUUUUCUGCAACAUCACAUCACUCAUCACAAUGCGUCUCGAAUUGCUGCGACGUGAAAUUGUUGAGAUUGAUGUCGAAAAUCAUGAAAAGAGCUUGGAAAGUUUAAAGGAUUUUGUGAAAGUUCAUCAGCAUUUAAAGAAAAUUGUGGACAAGCUUGAAAAACUUUAUUCAUUCUCAUUGCUCGGGGAUAUUUUGGCAUCGACAAUAAUUACGUGUUUGGCUGCUUUUAAUGCUGUUGUAAAAUAA